AAAGGGAGGCAUAAAAUAAGGAUUGCUGCUGUGUUUCAUCUCAUCUGAAAUUUUCUUUCCAUUUUCUUUAUAAUUCAUUUGGUACCAUUUUUAUUCUUACAUGGCGCAAGGGCUAUGCAAGCGGGUUGGCUCUGGUUCCAGUUUUGGGUGUGAUACAACAGCCGCGGAUUUGGAUACCCGAGCUGCAGCUACAGCAAUACUACAGGCGUGGAGCGGUUCCGGCGGCGCCCCCGCCUCGUCCUCUUCUUCUACCCGGCUGCAUGUCGAGUAAUGGUCGGUUUGCCUUGGUGGAUGAACCCCGCUCUCGCCGGAUCGUCGUCGGUACCUCUUCUGACAGUAGAUUCAUAUUUCCUGUGGAAACCUUCUACGAGCUAGGAGCUACAUAUGGAAACUGGAGAUCAGAAUUUUAGAAAAAAGGAAAACUAGCGGUUGUUUUAUUUUUACGACUUCAUUUUAUCUGUUGUUUACUUAUUUAUUUACGGAGGUUGAUUGCUUCAUCCCGCCAUUGAUUUUGUUUGUUACAUUUAUGUUAGCCCCUUGAUUAUGUAUUUAUUCGUUUAUUAUUGAUCCGGGGGACGUUGCCUAUUUGCAUUAAUUUAUCUGUGUAGUUGCUUCUUUAUUUUGUUACAUUUACCCCGACCCUUAUUUUUCUGUCCCUGCUUCUCUCCGUUUCUCCUUGUUAUUAGGCAGUUAAAUGUGUGAGCAUAUAUAGGCUACAUAUUGUAGACAGAUACCGAGUAAGGUAGGCAGAUCUAUACGUCGGCUAUAGUCAGGUUAUAGCGCGUGUUGGCAGAAAUUUAGGAGUAGCCUGUGGACACACAACCAAUAUCCUUAAUUAGCCUGCGUUCCUUCUUAAAAUUGUUUAUUGGCGUGCUUGUUAAAACUGUGGUGCAUACAAGCCUGCCAUUUCUCUAACCUCACACCUCCAUCCUCAGCGCCCUUUGAAUUCAACGCUUAACUCAGAGUACUAAUGCACUGCACACAUAUGCUGAACUGAACACAUCAACAUACAAGUUGGCUUUGGAGAGAGACACGUGCUAAUUUGCUUUUUACAAGUGGGACCGAAGAAAUUGCUUUAUUUCAAGCGAAUCUGCUGUUUACAAACCCAAAAAUCAUUCAUCUACAGUGCAUUUCCGUGGAGAUCGAGAUAUAUCAGAGUUAGCAAUUUACUUGGCUUUUUUUUUUUUUUGCAGCUAUAGCCUACUGACUUCAACACUCAGUUGAAUAUCCACCUCUUGGAAUUUUUGGUGGUUUGUCGCCAUUACUAGAAGAGCGGCUGUAAAAUAUAAGUGGUAAAUUCGUUAACCGCCCAGUUUGACGACUCCAAUAUCGUUUGAGUAACACCCUGGCUGCUGUAACUAUACGAAAGGCUCAACUCUAGCUGUCCCCUGCUUUCACCUUAACCCGACCUAUUACAGCGUCGCAUUUCUCAUUUCUUCAAUCAUUAUACAUAAACCAUCAUAGGAUUCCUACCACGACGUCUCCCCUACCCUCUCAGCAAUCAAAAAUAACCCAUUUCUGAUUAGGUUUGGUCCCGUAAAUUUACAAAUAUUUAUUUCCUGUACGUCAAGAGGAAAGGGGGUCCCCCUUUCAUAGAAUGCGGAAACAUGGGUCUGUUUGACCGCGGAGUUCAGAUGUUAUUGACCACUGUGGGCGCCUUCGCCGCCUUCAGUCUCAUGACUAUAGCAGUGGGCACGGACUACUGGCUCUACUCACGCGGCGUAUGCAAGAUCAAGUCGGUCAGCGAGAACGAGACCAGCAAGAAGAACGAGGAGGUCAUGACCCACUCGGGACUGUGGAGGACGUGUUGCUUGGAAGGAAACUUUAAAGGGCUGUGUAAACAGAUAGAUCACUUCCCCGAAGACACAGAUUAUGAGGCUGACACUGCGGAGUACUUCUUACGUGCGGUGCGAGCCUCCAGCAUCUUCCCCAUCCUCAGCGUCAUCCUGCUCUUCAUGGGGGGGCUGUGCAUCGCCGCCAGCGAGUUCUACAAGUCCCGCCACAACAUCAUCCUCAGCGCCGGAAUCUUCUUCGUGUCCGCAGGCCUCAGCAACAUCAUCGGGAUCAUCGUGUACAUAUCGGCCAACGCGGGCGACCCCUCCAAGAGCGACUCCAAGAAGAACAGCUACUCGUACGGCUGGUCCUUCUACUUCGGGGCGCUGUCCUUCAUCAUGGCAGAGAUGGUGGGCGUGCUGGCGGUGCACAUGUUCAUCGACCGGCACAAGCAGCUGCGGGUGGGCUCCCGCGCCCCCGACUACCUGCAGAGCUCGGCCAUCACCCGGAUCCCCAGCUACCGCUACCGCUACCGCCAGCGCUCCCGCUCCAGCUCCCGCUCCACGGAGCCCUCGCACUCCCGCGACGCCUCGCCCGUGGGCCUGAAGGGCUUCGGCGCGCUGCCGUCCACCGAGAUCUCCAUGUACACGCUCACCCGGGACCCGCUCAAGUCCGCCGGCACGCCCACCGCCACCUACAACUCCGAGAGGGACCACAACUUCCUGCAGGUCCACAACUGCAUUCAGAAGGACCUGAAAGACUCCACCAACACAGCCAACCGCCGCACCACCCCCGUAUGA